CAGCAGCUUGUGCCGGCCCAUGCUGGGCAGAUGCACGUUCGUUCGGAGAAGGCUCACGACCUCACAGGACAAGGAAUCAAGCUAGAGAGGCAAGGGGGCAAGUGGGAGAUGGGCAAGUGCUUGAACGGCAGCAUGUGGGGGUCGUAUCUCACUCGCACUGCUCAAACUCGCCCGGGGAACACGGGCGCACUCGCGUGUGCGGUGGUGUACGAUGCAGAGAGAUCUCAUUCGCACGGCCCAGGUUCGCCUGGGGAACACGGGAGCACUCGUGUGUGCGGUGGUGUACGCUGCAGAGAGGUGAGAGGGGAAGGAGAAGUGCUUUGGGUUGCAACAGAAGCAUACCUGGGAGCCAUGGCGUGUGAACUGCAGCAUGUGGGUGACAGAUCUCAUUCGCACGGCCCAGGUUCGCCUGGGGAACACGGGAGCACUCGUGUGUGCGGUGGUGUACGCUGCAGAGAGGUGAGAGGGGAAGGAGAAGUGCUUUGGGUUGCAACAGAAGCAUACCUGGGAGCCAUGGCGUGUGAACUGCAGCAUGUGGGUGACAGAUCUCAUUCGCACGGCCCAGGUUCGCCUGGGGAACACGGGAGCACUCGUGUGUGCGGUGGUGUACGCUGCAGAGAGGUGAGAGGGGAAGGAGAAGUGCUUUGGGUUGCAACAGAAGCAUACCUGGGAGCCAUGGCGUGUGAACUGCAGCAUGUGGGUGACAGAUCUCAUUCGCACGGCCCAGGUUCGCCUGGGGAACACGGGAGCACUCGUGUGUGCGGUGGUGUACGCUGCAGAGAGGUGAGAGGGGAAGGAGAAGUGCUUUGGGUUGCAACAGAAGCAUACCUGGGAGCCAUGGCGUGUGAACUGCAGCAUGUGGGUGACAGAUCUCAUUCGCACGGCCCAGGUUCGCCUGGGGAACACGGGAGCACUCGUGUGUGCGGUGGUGUACGCUGCAGAGAGGUGAGAGGGGAAGGAGAAGUGCUUUGGGUUGCAACAGAAGCAUACCUGGGAGCCAUGGCGUGUGAACUGCAGCAUGUGGGUGACAGAUCUCAUUCGCACGGCCCAGGUUCGCCUGGGGAACACGGGAGCACUCGUGUGUGCGGUGGUGUACGCUGCAGAGAGGUGAGAGGGGAAGGAGAAGUGCUUUGGGUUGCAACAGAAGCAUACCUGGGAGCCAUGGCGUGUGAACUGCAGCAUGUGGGUGACAGAUCUCAUUCGCACGGCCCAGGUUCGCCUGGGGAACACGGGAGCACUCGUGUGUGCGGUGGUGUACGCUGCAGAGAGGUGAGAGGGGAAGGAGAAGUGCUUUGGGUUGCAACAGAAGCAUACCUGGGAGCCAUGGCGUGUGAACUGCAGCAUGUGGGUGACAGAUCUCAUUCGCACGGCCCAGGUUCGCCUGGGGAACACGGGAGCACUCGUGUGUGCGGUGGUGUACGCUGCAGAGAGGUGAGAGGGGAAGGAGAAGUGCUUUGGGUUGCAACAGAAGCAUACCUGGGAGCCAUGGCGUGUGAACUGCAGCAUGUGGGUGACAGAUCUCAUUCGCACGGCCCAGGUUCGCCUGGGGAACACGGGAGCACUCGUGUGUGCGGUGGUGUACGCUGCAGAGAGGUGAGAGGGGAAGGAGAAGUGCUUUGGGUUGCAACAGAAGCAUACCUGGGAGCCAUGGCGUGUGAACUGCAGCAUGUGGGUGACAGAUCUCAUUCGCACGGCCCAGGUUCGCCUGGGGAACACGGGAGCACUCGUGUGUGCGGUGGUGUACGCUGCAGAGAGGUGAGAGGGGAAGGAGAAGUGCUUUGGGUUGCAACAGAAGCAUACCUGGGAGCCAUGGCGUGUGAACUGCAGCAUGUGGGUGACAGAUCUCAUUCGCACGGCCCAGGUUCGCCUGGGGAACACGGGAGCACUCGUGUGUGCGGUGGUGUACGCUGCAGAGAGGUGAGAGGGGAAGGAGAAGUGCUUUGGGUUGCAACAGAAGCAUACCUGGGAGCCAUGGCGUGUGAACUGCAGCAUGUGGGUGACAGAUCUCAUUCGCACGGCCCAGGUUCGCCUGGGGAACACGGGAGCACUCGUGUGUGCGGUGGUGUACGCUGCAGAGAGGUGAGAGGGGAAGGAGAAGUGCUUUGGGUUGCAACAGAAGCAUACCUGGGAGCCAUGGCGUGUGAACUGCAGCAUGUGGGUGACAGAUCUCAUUCGCACGGCCCAGGUUCGCCUGGGGAACACGGGAGCACUCGUGUGUGCGGUGGUGUACGCUGCAGAGAGGUGAGAGGGGAAGGAGAAGUGCUUUGGGUUGCAACAGAAGCAUACCUGGGAGCCAUGGCGUGUGAACUGCAGCAUGUGGGUGACAGAUCUCAUUCGCACGGCCCAGGUUCGCCUGGGGAACACGGGAGCACUCGUGUGUGCGGUGGUGUACGCUGCAGAGAGGUGAGAGGGGAAGGAGAAGUGCUUUGGGUUGCAACAGAAGCAUACCUGGGAGCCAUGGCGUGUGAACUGCAGCAUGUGGGUGACAGAUCUCAUUCGCACGGCCCAGGUUCGCCUGGGGAACACGGGAGCACUCGUGUGUGCGGUGGUGUACGCUGCAGAGAGGUGAGAGGGGAAGGAGAAGUGCUUUGGGUUGCAACAGAAGCAUACCUGGGAGCCAUGGCGUGUGAACUGCAGCAUGUGGGUGACAGAUCUCAUUCGCACGGCCCAGGUUCGCCUGGGGAACACGGGAGCACUCGUGUGUGCGGUGGUGUACGCUGCAGAGAGGUGAGAGGGGAAGGAGAAGUGCUUUGGGUUGCAACAGAAGCAUACCUGGGAGCCAUGGCGUGUGAACUGCAGCAUGUGGGUGACAGAUCUCAUUCGCACGGCCCAGGUUCGCCUGGGGAACACGGGAGCACUCGUGUGUGCGGUGGUGUACGCUGCAGAGAGGUGAGAGGGGAAGGAGAAGUGCUUUGGGUUGCAACAGAAGCAUACCUGGGAGCCAUGGCGUGUGAACUGCAGCAUGUGGGUGACAGAUCUCAUUCGCACGGCCCAGGUUCGCCUGGGGAACACGGGAGCACUCGUGUGUGCGGUGGUGUACGCUGCAGAGAGGUGAGAGGGGAAGGAGAAGUGCUUUGGGUUGCAACAGAAGCAUACCUGGGAGCCAUGGCGUGUGAACUGCAGCAUGUGGGUGACAGAUCUCAUUCGCACGGCCCAGGUUCGCCUGGGGAACACGGGAGCACUCGUGUGUGCGGUGGUGUACGCUGCAGAGAGGUGAGAGGGGAAGGAGAAGUGCUUUGGGUUGCAACAGAAGCAUACCUGGGAGCCAUGGCGUGUGAACUGCAGCAUGUGGGUGACAGAUCUCAUUCGCACGGCCCAGGUUCGCCUGGGGAACACGGGAGCACUCGUGUGUGCGGUGGUGUACGCUGCAGAGAGGUGAGAGGGGAAGGAGAAGUGCUUUGGGUUGCAACAGAAGCAUACCUGGGAGCCAUGGCGUGUGAACUGCAGCAUGUGGGUGACAGAUCUCAUUCGCACGGCCCAGGUUCGCCUGGGGAACACGGGAGCACUCGUGUGUGCGGUGGUGUACGCUGCAGAGAGGUGAGAGGGGAAGGAGAAGUGCUUUGGGUUGCAACAGAAGCAUACCUGGGAGCCAUGGCGUGUGAACUGCAGCAUGUGGGUGACAGAUCUCAUUCGCACGGCCCAGGUUCGCCUGGGGAACACGGGAGCACUCGUGUGUGCGGUGGUGUACGCUGCAGAGAGGUGAGAGGGGAAGGAGAAGUGCUUUGGGUUGCAACAGAAGCAUACCUGGGAGCCAUGGCGUGUGAACUGCAGCAUGUGGGUGACAGAUCUCAUUCGCACGGCCCAGGUUCGCCUGGGGAACACGGGAGCACUCGUGUGUGCGGUGGUGUACGCUGCAGAGAGGUGAGAGGGGAAGGAGAAGUGCUUUGGGUUGCAACAGAAGCAUACCUGGGAGCCAUGGCGUGUGAACUGCAGCAUGUGGGUGACAGAUCUCAUUCGCACGGCCCAGGUUCGCCUGGGGAACACGGGAGCACUCGUGUGUGCGGUGGUGUACGCUGCAGAGAGGUGAGAGGGGAAGGAGAAGUGCUUUGGGUUGCAACAGAAGCAUACCUGGGAGCCAUGGCGUGUGAACUGCAGCAUGUGGGUGACAGAUCUCAUUCGCACGGCCCAGGUUCGCCUGGGGAACACGGGAGCACUCGUGUGUGCGGUGGUGUACGCUGCAGAGAGGUGAGAGGGGAAGGAGAAGUGCUUUGGGUUGCAACAGAAGCAUACCUGGGAGCCAUGGCGUGUGAACUGCAGCAUGUGGGUGACAGAUCUCAUUCGCACGGCCCAGGUUCGCCUGGGGAACACGGGAGCACUCGUGUGUGCGGUGGUGUACGCUGCAGAGAGGUGAGAGGGGAAGGAGAAGUGCUUUGGGUUGCAACAGAAGCAUACCUGGGAGCCAUGGCGUGUGAACUGCAGCAUGUGGGUGACAGAUCUCAUUCGCACGGCCCAGGUUCGCCUGGGGAACACGGGAGCACUCGUGUGUGCGGUGGUGUACGCUGCAGAGAGGUGAGAGGGGAAGGAGAAGUGCUUUGGGUUGCAACAGAAGCAUACCUGGGAGCCAUGGCGUGUGAACUGCAGCAUGUGGGUGACAGAUCUCAUUCGCACGGCCCAGGUUCGCCUGGGGAACACGGGAGCACUCGUGUGUGCGGUGGUGUACGCUGCAGAGAGGUGAGAGGGGAAGGAGAAGUGCUUUGGGUUGCAACAGAAGCAUACCUGGGAGCCAUGGCGUGUGAACUGCAGCAUGUGGGUGACAGAUCUCAUUCGCACGGCCCAGGUUCGCCUGGGGAACACGGGAGCACUCGUGUGUGCGGUGGUGUACGCUGCAGAGAGGUGAGAGGGGAAGGAGAAGUGCUUUGGGUUGCAACAGAAGCAUACCUGGGAGCCAUGGCGUGUGAACUGCAGCAUGUGGGUGACAGAUCUCAUUCGCACGGCCCAGGUUCGCCUGGGGAACACGGGAGCACUCGUGUGUGCGGUGGUGUACGCUGCAGAGAGGUGAGAGGGGAAGGAGAAGUGCUUUGGGUUGCAACAGAAGCAUACCUGGGAGCCAUGGCGUGUGAACUGCAGCAUGUGGGUGACAGAUCUCAUUCGCACGGCCCAGGUUCGCCUGGGGAACACGGGAGCACUCGUGUGUGCGGUGGUGUACGCUGCAGAGAGGUGAGAGGGGAAGGAGAAGUGCUUUGGGUUGCAACAGAAGCAUACCUGGGAGCCAUGGCGUGUGAACUGCAGCAUGUGGGUGACAGAUCUCAUUCGCACGGCCCAGGUUCGCCUGGGGAACACGGGAGCACUCGUGUGUGCGGUGGUGUACGCUGCAGAGAGGUGAGAGGGGAAGGAGAAGUGCUUUGGGUUGCAACAGAAGCAUACCUGGGAGCCAUGGCGUGUGAACUGCAGCAUGUGGGUGACAGAUCUCAUUCGCACGGCCCAGGUUCGCCUGGGGAACACGGGAGCACUCGUGUGUGCGGUGGUGUACGCUGCAGAGAGGUGAGAGGGGAAGGAGAAGUGCUUUGGGUUGCAACAGAAGCAUACCUGGGAGCCAUGGCGUGUGAACUGCAGCAUGUGGGUGACAGAUCUCAUUCGCACGGCCCAGGUUCGCCUGGGGAACACGGGAGCACUCGUGUGUGCGGUGGUGUACGCUGCAGAGAGGUGAGAGGGGAAGGAGAAGUGCUUUGGGUUGCAACAGAAGCAUACCUGGGAGCCAUGGCGUGUGAACUGCAGCAUGUGGGUGACAGAUCUCAUUCGCACGGCCCAGGUUCGCCUGGGGAACACGGGAGCACUCGUGUGUGCGGUGGUGUACGCUGCAGAGAGGUGAGAGGGGAAGGAGAAGUGCUUUGGGUUGCAACAGAAGCAUACCUGGGAGCCAUGGCGUGUGAACUGCAGCAUGUGGGUGACAGAUCUCAUUCGCACGGCCCAGGUUCGCCUGGGGAACACGGGAGCACUCGUGUGUGCGGUGGUGUACGCUGCAGAGAGGUGAGAGGGGAAGGAGAAGUGCUUUGGGUUGCAACAGAAGCAUACCUGGGAGCCAUGGCGUGUGAACUGCAGCAUGUGGGUGACAGAUCUCAUUCGCACGGCCCAGGUUCGCCUGGGGAACACGGGAGCACUCGUGUGUGCGGUGGUGUACGCUGCAGAGAGGUGAGAGGGGAAGGAGAAGUGCUUUGGGUUGCAACAGAAGCAUACCUGGGAGCCAUGGCGUGUGAACUGCAGCAUGUGGGUGACAGAUCUCAUUCGCACGGCCCAGGUUCGCCUGGGGAACACGGGAGCACUCGUGUGUGCGGUGGUGUACGCUGCAGAGAGGUGAGAGGGGAAGGAGAAGUGCUUUGGGUUGCAACAGAAGCAUACCUGGGAGCCAUGGCGUGUGAACUGCAGCAUGUGGGUGACAGAUCUCAUUCGCACGGCCCAGGUUCGCCUGGGGAACACGGGAGCACUCGUGUGUGCGGUGGUGUACGCUGCAGAGAGGUGAGAGGGGAAGGAGAAGUGCUUUGGGUUGCAACAGAAGCAUACCUGGGAGCCAUGGCGUGUGAACUGCAGCAUGUGGGUGACAGAUCUCAUUCGCACGGCCCAGGUUCGCCUGGGGAACACGGGAGCACUCGUGUGUGCGGUGGUGUACGCUGCAGAGAGGUGAGAGGGGAAGGAGAAGUGCUUUGGGUUGCAACAGAAGCAUACCUGGGAGCCAUGGCGUGUGAACUGCAGCAUGUGGGUGACAGAUCUCAUUCGCACGGCCCAGGUUCGCCUGGGGAACACGGGAGCACUCGUGUGUGCGGUGGUGUACGCUGCAGAGAGGUGAGAGGGGAAGGAGAAGUGCUUUGGGUUGCAACAGAAGCAUACCUGGGAGCCAUGGCGUGUGAACUGCAGCAUGUGGGUGACAGAUCUCAUUCGCACGGCCCAGGUUCGCCUGGGGAACACGGGAGCACUCGUGUGUGCGGUGGUGUACGCUGCAGAGAGGUGAGAGGGGAAGGAGAAGUGCUUUGGGUUGCAACAGAAGCAUACCUGGGAGCCAUGGCGUGUGAACUGCAGCAUGUGGGUGACAGAUCUCAUUCGCACGGCCCAGGUUCGCCUGGGGAACACGGGAGCACUCGUGUGUGCGGUGGUGUACGCUGCAGAGAGGUGAGAGGGGAAGGAGAAGUGCUUUGGGUUGCAACAGAAGCAUACCUGGGAGCCAUGGCGUGUGAACUGCAGCAUGUGGGUGACAGAUCUCAUUCGCACGGCCCAGGUUCGCCUGGGGAACACGGGAGCACUCGUGUGUGCGGUGGUGUACGCUGCAGAGAGGUGAGAGGGGAAGGAGAAGUGCUUUGGGUUGCAACAGAAGCAUACCUGGGAGCCAUGGCGUGUGAACUGCAGCAUGUGGGUGACAGAUCUCAUUCGCACGGCCCAGGUUCGCCUGGGGAACACGGGAGCACUCGUGUGUGCGGUGGUGUACGCUGCAGAGAGGUGAGAGGGGAAGGAGAAGUGCUUUGGGUUGCAACAGAAGCAUACCUGGGAGCCAUGGCGUGUGAACUGCAGCAUGUGGGUGACAGAUCUCAUUCGCACGGCCCAGGUUCGCCUGGGGAACACGGGAGCACUCGUGUGUGCGGUGGUGUACGCUGCAGAGAGGUGAGAGGGGAAGGAGAAGUGCUUUGGGUUGCAACAGAAGCAUACCUGGGAGCCAUGGCGUGUGAACUGCAGCAUGUGGGUGACAGAUCUCAUUCGCACGGCCCAGGUUCGCCUGGGGAACACGGGAGCACUCGUGUGUGCGGUGGUGUACGCUGCAGAGAGGUGAGAGGGGAAGGAGAAGUGCUUUGGGUUGCAACAGAAGCAUACCUGGGAGCCAUGGCGUGUGAACUGCAGCAUGUGGGUGACAGAUCUCAUUCGCACGGCCCAGGUUCGCCUGGGGAACACGGGAGCACUCGUGUGUGCGGUGGUGUACGCUGCAGAGAGGUGAGAGGGGAAGGAGAAGUGCUUUGGGUUGCAACAGAAGCAUACCUGGGAGCCAUGGCGUGUGAACUGCAGCAUGUGGGUGACAGAUCUCAUUCGCACGGCCCAGGUUCGCCUGGGGAACACGGGAGCACUCGUGUGUGCGGUGGUGUACGCUGCAGAGAGGUGAGAGGGGAAGGAGAAGUGCUUUGGGUUGCAACAGAAGCAUACCUGGGAGCCAUGGCGUGUGAACUGCAGCAUGUGGGUGACAGAUCUCAUUCGCACGGCCCAGGUUCGCCUGGGGAACACGGGAGCACUCGUGUGUGCGGUGGUGUACGCUGCAGAGAGGUGAGAGGGGAAGGAGAAGUGCUUUGGGUUGCAACAGAAGCAUACCUGGGAGCCAUGGCGUGUGAACUGCAGCAUGUGGGUGACAGAUCUCAUUCGCACGGCCCAGGUUCGCCUGGGGAACACGGGAGCACUCGUGUGUGCGGUGGUGUACGCUGCAGAGAGGUGAGAGGGGAAGGAGAAGUGCUUUGGGUUGCAACAGAAGCAUACCUGGGAGCCAUGGCGUGUGAACUGCAGCAUGUGGGUGACAGAUCUCAUUCGCACGGCCCAGGUUCGCCUGGGGAACACGGGAGCACUCGUGUGUGCGGUGGUGUACGCUGCAGAGAGGUGAGAGGGGAAGGAGAAGUGCUUUGGGUUGCAACAGAAGCAUACCUGGGAGCCAUGGCGUGUGAACUGCAGCAUGUGGGUGACAGAUCUCAUUCGCACGGCCCAGGUUCGCCUGGGGAACACGGGAGCACUCGUGUGUGCGGUGGUGUACGCUGCAGAGAGGUGAGAGGGGAAGGAGAAGUGCUUUGGGUUGCAACAGAAGCAUACCUGGGAGCCAUGGCGUGUGAACUGCAGCAUGUGGGUGACAGAUCUCAUUCGCACGGCCCAGGUUCGCCUGGGGAACACGGGAGCACUCGUGUGUGCGGUGGUGUACGCUGCAGAGAGGUGAGAGGGGAAGGAGAAGUGCUUUGGGUUGCAACAGAAGCAUACCUGGGAGCCAUGGCGUGUGAACUGCAGCAUGUGGGUGACAGAUCUCAUUCGCACGGCCCAGGUUCGCCUGGGGAACACGGGAGCACUCGUGUGUGCGGUGGUGUACGCUGCAGAGAGGUGAGAGGGGAAGGAGAAGUGCUUUGGGUUGCAACAGAAGCAUACCUGGGAGCCAUGGCGUGUGAACUGCAGCAUGUGGGUGACAGAUCUCAUUCGCACGGCCCAGGUUCGCCUGGGGAACACGGGAGCACUCGUGUGUGCGGUGGUGUACGCUGCAGAGAGGUGAGAGGGGAAGGAGAAGUGCUUUGGGUUGCAACAGAAGCAUACCUGGGAGCCAUGGCGUGUGAACUGCAGCAUGUGGGUGACAGAUCUCAUUCGCACGGCCCAGGUUCGCCUGGGGAACACGGGAGCACUCGUGUGUGCGGUGGUGUACGCUGCAGAGAGGUGAGAGGGGAAGGAGAAGUGCUUUGGGUUGCAACAGAAGCAUACCUGGGAGCCAUGGCGUGUGAACUGCAGCAUGUGGGUGACAGAUCUCAUUCGCACGGCCCAGGUUCGCCUGGGGAACACGGGAGCACUCGUGUGUGCGGUGGUGUACGCUGCAGAGAGGUGAGAGGGGAAGGAGAAGUGCUUUGGGUUGCAACAGAAGCAUACCUGGGAGCCAUGGCGUGUGAACUGCAGCAUGUGGGUGACAGAUCUCAUUCGCACGGCCCAGGUUCGCCUGGGGAACACGGGAGCACUCGUGUGUGCGGUGGUGUACGCUGCAGAGAGGUGAGAGGGGAAGGAGAAGUGCUUUGGGUUGCAACAGAAGCAUACCUGGGAGCCAUGGCGUGUGAACUGCAGCAUGUGGGUGACAGAUCUCAUUCGCACGGCCCAGGUUCGCCUGGGGAACACGGGAGCACUCGUGUGUGCGGUGGUGUACGCUGCAGAGAGGUGAGAGGGGAAGGAGAAGUGCUUUGGGUUGCAACAGAAGCAUACCUGGGAGCCAUGGCGUGUGAACUGCAGCAUGUGGGUGACAGAUCUCAUUCGCACGGCCCAGGUUCGCCUGGGGAACACGGGAGCACUCGUGUGUGCGGUGGUGUACGCUGCAGAGAGGUGAGAGGGGAAGGAGAAGUGCUUUGGGUUGCAACAGAAGCAUACCUGGGAGCCAUGGCGUGUGAACUGCAGCAUGUGGGUGACAGAUCUCAUUCGCACGGCCCAGGUUCGCCUGGGGAACACGGGAGCACUCGUGUGUGCGGUGGUGUACGCUGCAGAGAGGUGAGAGGGGAAGGAGAAGUGCUUUGGGUUGCAACAGAAGCAUACCUGGGAGCCAUGGCGUGUGAACUGCAGCAUGUGGGUGACAGAUCUCAUUCGCACGGCCCAGGUUCGCCUGGGGAACACGGGAGCACUCGUGUGUGCGGUGGUGUACGCUGCAGAGAGGUGAGAGGGGAAGGAGAAGUGCUUUGGGUUGCAACAGAAGCAUACCUGGGAGCCAUGGCGUGUGAACUGCAGCAUGUGGGUGACAGAUCUCAUUCGCACGGCCCAGGUUCGCCUGGGGAACACGGGAGCACUCGUGUGUGCGGUGGUGUACGCUGCAGAGAGGUGAGAGGGGAAGGAGAAGUGCUUUGGGUUGCAACAGAAGCAUACCUGGGAGCCAUGGCGUGUGAACUGCAGCAUGUGGGUGACAGAUCUCAUUCGCACGGCCCAGGUUCGCCUGGGGAACACGGGAGCACUCGUGUGUGCGGUGGUGUACGCUGCAGAGAGGUGAGAGGGGAAGGAGAAGUGCUUUGGGUUGCAACAGAAGCAUACCUGGGAGCCAUGGCGUGUGAACUGCAGCAUGUGGGUGACAGAUCUCAUUCGCACGGCCCAGGUUCGCCUGGGGAACACGGGAGCACUCGUGUGUGCGGUGGUGUACGCUGCAGAGAGGUGAGAGGGGAAGGAGAAGUGCUUUGGGUUGCAACAGAAGCAUACCUGGGAGCCAUGGCGUGUGAACUGCAGCAUGUGGGUGACAGAUCUCAUUCGCACGGCCCAGGUUCGCCUGGGGAACACGGGAGCACUCGUGUGUGCGGUGGUGUACGCUGCAGAGAGGUGAGAGGGGAAGGAGAAGUGCUUUGGGUUGCAACAGAAGCAUACCUGGGAGCCAUGGCGUGUGAACUGCAGCAUGUGGGUGACAGAUCUCAUUCGCACGGCCCAGGUUCGCCUGGGGAACACGGGAGCACUCGUGUGUGCGGUGGUGUACGCUGCAGAGAGGUGAGAGGGGAAGGAGAAGUGCUUUGGGUUGCAACAGAAGCAUACCUGGGAGCCAUGGCGUGUGAACUGCAGCAUGUGGGUGACAGAUCUCAUUCGCACGGCCCAGGUUCGCCUGGGGAACACGGGAGCACUCGUGUGUGCGGUGGUGUACGCUGCAGAGAGGUGAGAGGGGAAGGAGAAGUGCUUUGGGUUGCAACAGAAGCAUACCUGGGAGCCAUGGCGUGUGAACUGCAGCAUGUGGGUGACAGAUCUCAUUCGCACGGCCCAGGUUCGCCUGGGGAACACGGGAGCACUCGUGUGUGCGGUGGUGUACGCUGCAGAGAGGUGAGAGGGGAAGGAGAAGUGCUUUGGGUUGCAACAGAAGCAUACCUGGGAGCCAUGGCGUGUGAACUGCAGCAUGUGGGUGACAGAUCUCAUUCGCACGGCCCAGGUUCGCCUGGGGAACACGGGAGCACUCGUGUGUGCGGUGGUGUACGCUGCAGAGAGGUGAGAGGGGAAGGAGAAGUGCUUUGGGUUGCAACAGAAGCAUACCUGGGAGCCAUGGCGUGUGAACUGCAGCAUGUGGGUGACAGAUCUCAUUCGCACGGCCCAGGUUCGCCUGGGGAACACGGGAGCACUCGUGUGUGCGGUGGUGUACGCUGCAGAGAGGUGAGAGGGGAAGGAGAAGUGCUUUGGGUUGCAACAGAAGCAUACCUGGGAGCCAUGGCGUGUGAACUGCAGCAUGUGGGUGACAGAUCUCAUUCGCACGGCCCAGGUUCGCCUGGGGAACACGGGAGCACUCGUGUGUGCGGUGGUGUACGCUGCAGAGAGGUGAGAGGGGAAGGAGAAGUGCUUUGGGUUGCAACAGAAGCAUACCUGGGAGCCAUGGCGUGUGAACUGCAGCAUGUGGGUGACAGAUCUCAUUCGCACGGCCCAGGUUCGCCUGGGGAACACGGGAGCACUCGUGUGUGCGGUGGUGUACGCUGCAGAGAGGUGAGAGGGGAAGGAGAAGUGCUUUGGGUUGCAACAGAAGCAUACCUGGGAGCCAUGGCGUGUGAACUGCAGCAUGUGGGUGACAGAUCUCAUUCGCACGGCCCAGGUUCGCCUGGGGAACACGGGAGCACUCGUGUGUGCGGUGGUGUACGCUGCAGAGAGGUGAGAGGGGAAGGAGAAGUGCUUUGGGUUGCAACAGAAGCAUACCUGGGAGCCAUGGCGUGUGAACUGCAGCAUGUGGGUGACAGAUCUCAUUCGCACGGCCCAGGUUCGCCUGGGGAACACGGGAGCACUCGUGUGUGCGGUGGUGUACGCUGCAGAGAGGUGAGAGGGGAAGGAGAAGUGCUUUGGGUUGCAACAGAAGCAUACCUGGGAGCCAUGGCGUGUGAACUGCAGCAUGUGGGUGACAGAUCUCAUUCGCACGGCCCAGGUUCGCCUGGGGAACACGGGAGCACUCGUGUGUGCGGUGGUGUACGCUGCAGAGAGGUGAGAGGGGAAGGAGAAGUGCUUUGGGUUGCAACAGAAGCAUACCUGGGAGCCAUGGCGUGUGAACUGCAGCAUGUGGGUGACAGAUCUCAUUCGCACGGCCCAGGUUCGCCUGGGGAACACGGGAGCACUCGUGUGUGCGGUGGUGUACGCUGCAGAGAGGUGAGAGGGGAAGGAGAAGUGCUUUGGGUUGCAACAGAAGCAUACCUGGGAGCCAUGGCGUGUGAACUGCAGCAUGUGGGUGACAGAUCUCAUUCGCACGGCCCAGGUUCGCCUGGGGAACACGGGAGCACUCGUGUGUGCGGUGGUGUACGCUGCAGAGAGGUGAGAGGGGAAGGAGAAGUGCUUUGGGUUGCAACAGAAGCAUACCUGGGAGCCAUGGCGUGUGAACUGCAGCAUGUGGGUGACAGAUCUCAUUCGCACGGCCCAGGUUCGCCUGGGGAACACGGGAGCACUCGUGUGUGCGGUGGUGUACGCUGCAGAGAGGUGAGAGGGGAAGGAGAAGUGCUUUGGGUUGCAACAGAAGCAUACCUGGGAGCCAUGGCGUGUGAACUGCAGCAUGUGGGUGACAGAUCUCAUUCGCACGGCCCAGGUUCGCCUGGGGAACACGGGAGCACUCGUGUGUGCGGUGGUGUACGCUGCAGAGAGGUGAGAGGGGAAGGAGAAGUGCUUUGGGUUGCAACAGAAGCAUACCUGGGAGCCAUGGCGUGUGAACUGCAGCAUGUGGGUGACAGAUCUCAUUCGCACGGCCCAGGUUCGCCUGGGGAACACGGGAGCACUCGUGUGUGCGGUGGUGUACGCUGCAGAGAGGUGAGAGGGGAAGGAGAAGUGCUUUGGGUUGCAACAGAAGCAUACCUGGGAGCCAUGGCGUGUGAACUGCAGCAUGUGGGUGACAGAUCUCAUUCGCACGGCCCAGGUUCGCCUGGGGAACACGGGAGCACUCGUGUGUGCGGUGGUGUACGCUGCAGAGAGGUGAGAGGGGAAGGAGAAGUGCUUUGGGUUGCAACAGAAGCAUACCUGGGAGCCAUGGCGUGUGAACUGCAGCAUGUGGGUGACAGAUCUCAUUCGCACGGCCCAGGUUCGCCUGGGGAACACGGGAGCACUCGUGUGUGCGGUGGUGUACGCUGCAGAGAGGUGAGAGGGGAAGGAGAAGUGCUUUGGGUUGCAACAGAAGCAUACCUGGGAGCCAUGGCGUGUGAACUGCAGCAUGUGGGUGACAGAUCUCAUUCGCACGGCCCAGGUUCGCCUGGGGAACACGGGAGCACUCGUGUGUGCGGUGGUGUACGCUGCAGAGAGGUGAGAGGGGAAGGAGAAGUGCUUUGGGUUGCAACAGAAGCAUACCUGGGAGCCAUGGCGUGUGAACUGCAGCAUGUGGGUGACAGAUCUCAUUCGCACGGCCCAGGUUCGCCUGGGGAACACGGGAGCACUCGUGUGUGCGGUGGUGUACGCUGCAGAGAGGUGAGAGGGGAAGGAGAAGUGCUUUGGGUUGCAACAGAAGCAUACCUGGGAGCCAUGGCGUGUGAACUGCAGCAUGUGGGUGACAGAUCUCAUUCGCACGGCCCAGGUUCGCCUGGGGAACACGGGAGCACUCGUGUGUGCGGUGGUGUACGCUGCAGAGAGGUGAGAGGGGAAGGAGAAGUGCUUUGGGUUGCAACAGAAGCAUACCUGGGAGCCAUGGCGUGUGAACUGCAGCAUGUGGGUGACAGAUCUCAUUCGCACGGCCCAGGUUCGCCUGGGGAACACGGGAGCACUCGUGUGUGCGGUGGUGUACGCUGCAGAGAGGUGAGAGGGGAAGGAGAAGUGCUUUGGGUUGCAACAGAAGCAUACCUGGGAGCCAUGGCGUGUGAACUGCAGCAUGUGGGUGACAGAUCUCAUUCGCACGGCCCAGGUUCGCCUGGGGAACACGGGAGCACUCGUGUGUGCGGUGGUGUACGCUGCAGAGAGGUGAGAGGGGAAGGAGAAGUGCUUUGGGUUGCAACAGAAGCAUACCUGGGAGCCAUGGCGUGUGAACUGCAGCAUGUGGGUGACAGAUCUCAUUCGCACGGCCCAGGUUCGCCUGGGGAACACGGGAGCACUCGUGUGUGCGGUGGUGUACGCUGCAGAGAGGUGAGAGGGGAAGGAGAAGUGCUUUGGGUUGCAACAGAAGCAUACCUGGGAGCCAUGGCGUGUGAACUGCAGCAUGUGGGUGACAGAUCUCAUUCGCACGGCCCAGGUUCGCCUGGGGAACACGGGAGCACUCGUGUGUGCGGUGGUGUACGCUGCAGAGAGGUGAGAGGGGAAGGAGAAGUGCUUUGGGUUGCAACAGAAGCAUACCUGGGAGCCAUGGCGUGUGAACUGCAGCAUGUGGGUGACAGAUCUCAUUCGCACGGCCCAGGUUCGCCUGGGGAACACGGGAGCACUCGUGUGUGCGGUGGUGUACGCUGCAGAGAGCAUGUGGGUGACAGAUCUCAUUCGCACGGCCCAGGUUCGCCUGGGGAACACGGGAGCACUCGUGUGUGCGGUGGUGUACGCUGCAGAGAGGUGAGAGGGGAAGGAGAAGUGCUUUGGGUUGCAACAGAAGCAUACCUGGGAGCCAUGGCGUGUGAACUGCAGCAUGUGGGUGACAGAUCUCAUUCGCACGGCCCAGGUUCGCCUGGGGAACACGGGAGCACUCGUGUGUGCGGUGGUGUACGCUGCAGAGAGGUGAGAGGGGAAGGAGAAGUGCUUUGGGUUGCAACAGAAGCAUACCUGGGAGCCAUGGCGUGUGAACUGCAGCAUGUGGGUGACAGAUCUCAUUCGCACGGCCCAGGUUCGCCUGGGGAACACGGGAGCACUCGUGUGUGCGGUGGUGUACGCUGCAGAGAGGUGAGAGGGGAAGGAGAAGUGCUUUGGGUUGCAACAGAAGCAUACCUGGGAGCCAUGGCGUGUGAACUGCAGCAUGUGGGUGACAGAUCUCAUUCGCACGGCCCAGGUUCGCCUGGGGAACACGGGAGCACUCGUGUGUGCGGUGGUGUACGCUGCAGAGAGGUGAGAGGGGAAGGAGAAGUGCUUUGGGUUGCAACAGAAGCAUACCUGGGAGCCAUGGCGUGUGAACUGCAGCAUGUGGGUGACAGAUCUCAUUCGCACGGCCCAGGUUCGCCUGGGGAACACGGGAGCACUCGUGUGUGCGGUGGUGUACGCUGCAGAGAGGUGAGAGGGGAAGGAGAAGUGCUUUGGGUUGCAACAGAAGCAUACCUGGGAGCCAUGGCGUGUGAACUGCAGCAUGUGGGUGACAGAUCUCAUUCGCACGGCCCAGGUUCGCCUGGGGAACACGGGAGCACUCGUGUGUGCGGUGGUGUACGCUGCAGAGAGGUGAGAGGGGAAGGAGAAGUGCUUUGGGUUGCAACAGAAGCAUACCUGGGAGCCAUGGCGUGUGAACUGCAGCAUGUGGGUGACAGAUCUCAUUCGCACGGCCCAGGUUCGCCUGGGGAACACGGGAGCACUCGUGUGUGCGGUGGUGUACGCUGCAGAGAGGUGAGAGGGGAAGGAGAAGUGCUUUGGGUUGCAACAGAAGCAUACCUGGGAGCCAUGGCGUGUGAACUGCAGCAUGUGGGUGACAGAUCUCAUUCGCACGGCCCAGGUUCGCCUGGGGAACACGGGAGCACUCGUGUGUGCGGUGGUGUACGCUGCAGAGAGGUGAGAGGGGAAGGAGAAGUGCUUUGGGUUGCAACAGAAGCAUACCUGGGAGCCAUGGCGUGUGAACUGCAGCAUGUGGGUGACAGAUCUCAUUCGCACGGCCCAGGUUCGCCUGGGGAACACGGGAGCACUCGUGUGUGCGGUGGUGUACGCUGCAGAGAGGUGAGAGGGGAAGGAGAAGUGCUUUGGGUUGCAACAGAAGCAUACCUGGGAGCCAUGGCGUGUGAACUGCAGCAUGUGGGUGACAGAUCUCAUUCGCACGGCCCAGGUUCGCCUGGGGAACACGGGAGCACUCGUGUGUGCGGUGGUGUACGCUGCAGAGAGGUGAGAGGGGAAGGAGAAGUGCUUUGGGUUGCAACAGAAGCAUACCUGGGAGCCAUGGCGUGUGAACUGCAGCAUGUGGGUGACAGAUCUCAUUCGCACGGCCCAGGUUCGCCUGGGGAACACGGGAGCACUCGUGUGUGCGGUGGUGUACGCUGCAGAGAGGUGAGAGGGGAAGGAGAAGUGCUUUGGGUUGCAACAGAAGCAUACCUGGGAGCCAUGGCGUGUGAACUGCAGCAUGUGGGUGACAGAUCUCAUUCGCACGGCCCAGGUUCGCCUGGGGAACACGGGAGCACUCGUGUGUGCGGUGGUGUACGCUGCAGAGAGGUGAGAGGGGAAGGAGAAGUGCUUUGGGUUGCAACAGAAGCAUACCUGGGAGCCAUGGCGUGUGAACUGCAGCAUGUGGGUGACAGAUCUCAUUCGCACGGCCCAGGUUCGCCUGGGGAACACGGGAGCACUCGUGUGUGCGGUGGUGUACGCUGCAGAGAGGUGAGAGGGGAAGGAGAAGUGCUUUGGGUUGCAACAGAAGCAUACCUGGGAGCCAUGGCGUGUGAACUGCAGCAUGUGGGUGACAGAUCUCAUUCGCACGGCCCAGGUUCGCCUGGGGAACACGGGAGCACUCGUGUGUGCGGUGGUGUACGCUGCAGAGAGGUGAGAGGGGAAGGAGAAGUGCUUUGGGUUGCAACAGAAGCAUACCUGGGAGCCAUGGCGUGUGAACUGCAGCAUGUGGGUGACAGAUCUCAUUCGCACGGCCCAGGUUCGCCUGGGGAACACGGGAGCACUCGUGUGUGCGGUGGUGUACGCUGCAGAGAGGUGAGAGGGGAAGGAGAAGUGCUUUGGGUUGCAACAGAAGCAUACCUGGGAGCCAUGGCGUGUGAACUGCAGCAUGUGGGUGACAGAUCUCAUUCGCACGGCCCAGGUUCGCCUGGGGAACACGGGAGCACUCGUGUGUGCGGUGGUGUACGCUGCAGAGAGGUGAGAGGGGAAGGAGAAGUGCUUUGGGUUGCAACAGAAGCAUACCUGGGAGCCAUGGCGUGUGAACUGCAGCAUGUGGGUGACAGAUCUCAUUCGCACGGCCCAGGUUCGCCUGGGGAACACGGGAGCACUCGUGUGUGCGGUGGUGUACGCUGCAGAGAGGUGAGAGGGGAAGGAGAAGUGCUUUGGGUUGCAACAGAAGCAUACCUGGGAGCCAUGGCGUGUGAACUGCAGCAUGUGGGUGACAGAUCUCAUUCGCACGGCCCAGGUUCGCCUGGGGAACACGGGAGCACUCGUGUGUGCGGUGGUGUACGCUGCAGAGAGGUGAGAGGGGAAGGAGAAGUGCUUUGGGUUGCAACAGAAGCAUACCUGGGAGCCAUGGCGUGUGAACUGCAGCAUGUGGGUGACAGAUCUCAUUCGCACGGCCCAGGUUCGCCUGGGGAACACGGGAGCACUCGUGUGUGCGGUGGUGUACGCUGCAGAGAGGUGAGAGGGGAAGGAGAAGUGCUUUGGGUUGCAACAGAAGCAUACCUGGGAGCCAUGGCGUGUGAACUGCAGCAUGUGGGUGACAGAUCUCAUUCGCACGGCCCAGGUUCGCCUGGGGAACACGGGAGCACUCGUGUGUGCGGUGGUGUACGCUGCAGAGAGGUGAGAGGGGAAGGAGAAGUGCUUUGGGUUGCAACAGAAGCAUACCUGGGAGCCAUGGCGUGUGAACUGCAGCAUGUGGGUGACAGAUCUCAUUCGCACGGCCCAGGUUCGCCUGGGGAACACGGGAGCACUCGUGUGUGCGGUGGUGUACGCUGCAGAGAGGUGAGAGGGGAAGGAGAAGUGCUUUGGGUUGCAACAGAAGCAUACCUGGGAGCCAUGGCGUGUGAACUGCAGCAUGUGGGUGACAGAUCUCAUUCGCACGGCCCAGGUUCGCCUGGGGAACACGGGAGCACUCGUGUGUGCGGUGGUGUACGCUGCAGAGAGGUGAGAGGGGAAGGAGAAGUGCUUUGGGUUGCAACAGAAGCAUACCUGGGAGCCAUGGCGUGUGAACUGCAGCAUGUGGGUGACAGAUCUCAUUCGCACGGCCCAGGUUCGCCUGGGGAACACGGGAGCACUCGUGUGUGCGGUGGUGUACGCUGCAGAGAGGUGAGAGGGGAAGGAGAAGUGCUUUGGGUUGCAACAGAAGCAUACCUGGGAGCCAUGGCGUGUGAACUGCAGCAUGUGGGUGACAGAUCUCAUUCGCACGGCCCAGGUUCGCCUGGGGAACACGGGAGCACUCGUGUGUGCGGUGGUGUACGCUGCAGAGAGGUGAGAGGGGAAGGAGAAGUGCUUUGGGUUGCAACAGAAGCAUACCUGGGAGCCAUGGCGUGUGAACUGCAGCAUGUGGGUGACAGAUCUCAUUCGCACGGCCCAGGUUCGCCUGGGGAACACGGGAGCACUCGUGUGUGCGGUGGUGUACGCUGCAGAGAGGUGAGAGGGGAAGGAGAAGUGCUUUGGGUUGCAACAGAAGCAUACCUGGGAGCCAUGGCGUGUGAACUGCAGCAUGUGGGUGACAGAUCUCAUUCGCACGGCCCAGGUUCGCCUGGGGAACACGGGAGCACUCGUGUGUGCGGUGGUGUACGCUGCAGAGAGGUGAGAGGGGAAGGAGAAGUGCUUUGGGUUGCAACAGAAGCAUACCUGGGAGCCAUGGCGUGUGAACUGCAGCAUGUGGGUGACAGAUCUCAUUCGCACGGCCCAGGUUCGCCUGGGGAACACGGGAGCACUCGUGUGUGCGGUGGUGUACGCUGCAGAGAGGUGAGAGGGGAAGGAGAAGUGCUUUGGGUUGCAACAGAAGCAUACCUGGGAGCCAUGGCGUGUGAACUGCAGCAUGUGGGUGACAGAUCUCAUUCGCACGGCCCAGGUUCGCCUGGGGAACACGGGAGCACUCGUGUGUGCGGUGGUGUACGCUGCAGAGAGGUGAGAGGGGAAGGAGAAGUGCUUUGGGUUGCAACAGAAGCAUACCUGGGAGCCAUGGCGUGUGAACUGCAGCAUGUGGGUGACAGAUCUCAUUCGCACGGCCCAGGUUCGCCUGGGGAACACGGGAGCACUCGUGUGUGCGGUGGUGUACGCUGCAGAGAGGUGAGAGGGGAAGGAGAAGUGCUUUGGGUUGCAACAGAAGCAUACCUGGGAGCCAUGGCGUGUGAACUGCAGCAUGUGGGUGACAGAUCUCAUUCGCACGGCCCAGGUUCGCCUGGGGAACACGGGAGCACUCGUGUGUGCGGUGGUGUACGCUGCAGAGAGGUGAGAGGGGAAGGAGAAGUGCUUUGGGUUGCAACAGAAGCAUACCUGGGAGCCAUGGCGUGUGAACUGCAGCAUGUGGGUGACAGAUCUCAUUCGCACGGCCCAGGUUCGCCUGGGGAACACGGGAGCACUCGUGUGUGCGGUGGUGUACGCUGCAGAGAGGUGAGAGGGGAAGGAGAAGUGCUUUGGGUUGCAACAGAAGCAUACCUGGGAGCCAUGGCGUGUGAACUGCAGCAUGUGGGUGACAGAUCUCAUUCGCACGGCCCAGGUUCGCCUGGGGAACACGGGAGCACUCGUGUGUGCGGUGGUGUACGCUGCAGAGAGGUGAGAGGGGAAGGAGAAGUGCUUUGGGUUGCAACAGAAGCAUACCUGGGAGCCAUGGCGUGUGAACUGCAGCAUGUGGGUGACAGAUCUCAUUCGCACGGCCCAGGUUCGCCUGGGGAACACGGGAGCACUCGUGUGUGCGGUGGUGUACGCUGCAGAGAGGUGAGAGGGGAAGGAGAAGUGCUUUGGGUUGCAACAGAAGCAUACCUGGGAGCCAUGGCGUGUGAACUGCAGCAUGUGGGUGACAGAUCUCAUUCGCACGGCCCAGGUUCGCCUGGGGAACACGGGAGCACUCGUGUGUGCGGUGGUGUACGCUGCAGAGAGGUGAGAGGGGAAGGAGAAGUGCUUUGGGUUGCAACAGAAGCAUACCUGGGAGCCAUGGCGUGUGAACUGCAGCAUGUGGGUGACAGAUCUCAUUCGCACGGCCCAGGUUCGCCUGGGGAACACGGGAGCACUCGUGUGUGCGGUGGUGUACGCUGCAGAGAGGUGAGAGGGGAAGGAGAAGUGCUUUGGGUUGCAACAGAAGCAUACCUGGGAGCCAUGGCGUGUGAACUGCAGCAUGUGGGUGACAGAUCUCAUUCGCACGGCCCAGGUUCGCCUGGGGAACACGGGAGCACUCGUGUGUGCGGUGGUGUACGCUGCAGAGAGGUGAGAGGGGAAGGAGAAGUGCUUUGGGUUGCAACAGAAGCAUACCUGGGAGCCAUGGCGUGUGAACUGCAGCAUGUGGGUGACAGAUCUCAUUCGCACGGCCCAGGUUCGCCUGGGGAACACGGGAGCACUCGUGUGUGCGGUGGUGUACGCUGCAGAGAGGUGAGAGGGGAAGGAGAAGUGCUUUGGGUUGCAACAGAAGCAUACCUGGGAGCCAUGGCGUGUGAACUGCAGCAUGUGGGUGACAGAUCUCAUUCGCACGGCCCAGGUUCGCCUGGGGAACACGGGAGCACUCGUGUGUGCGGUGGUGUACGCUGCAGAGAGGUGAGAGGGGAAGGAGAAGUGCUUUGGGUUGCAACAGAAGCAUACCUGGGAGCCAUGGCGUGUGAACUGCAGCAUGUGGGUGACAGAUCUCAUUCGCACGGCCCAGGUUCGCCUGGGGAACACGGGAGCACUCGUGUGUGCGGUGGUGUACGCUGCAGAGAGGUGAGAGGGGAAGGAGAAGUGCUUUGGGUUGCAACAGAAGCAUACCUGGGAGCCAUGGCGUGUGAACUGCAGCAUGUGGGUGACAGAUCUCAUUCGCACGGCCCAGGUUCGCCUGGGGAACACGGGAGCACUCGUGUGUGCGGUGGUGUACGCUGCAGAGAGGUGAGAGGGGAAGGAGAAGUGCUUUGGGUUGCAACAGAAGCAUACCUGGGAGCCAUGGCGUGUGAACUGCAGCAUGUGGGUGACAGAUCUCAUUCGCACGGCCCAGGUUCGCCUGGGGAACACGGGAGCACUCGUGUGUGCGGUGGUGUACGCUGCAGAGAGGUGAGAGGGGAAGGAGAAGUGCUUUGGGUUGCAACAGAAGCAUACCUGGGAGCCAUGGCGUGUGAACUGCAGCAUGUGGGUGACAGAUCUCAUUCGCACGGCCCAGGUUCGCCUGGGGAACACGGGAGCACUCGUGUGUGCGGUGGUGUACGCUGCAGAGAGGUGAGAGGGGAAGGAGAAGUGCUUUGGGUUGCAACAGAAGCAUACCUGGGAGCCAUGGCGUGUGAACUGCAGCAUGUGGGUGACAGAUCUCAUUCGCACGGCCCAGGUUCGCCUGGGGAACACGGGAGCACUCGUGUGUGCGGUGGUGUACGCUGCAGAGAGGUGAGAGGGGAAGGAGAAGUGCUUUGGGUUGCAACAGAAGCAUACCUGGGAGCCAUGGCGUGUGAACUGCAGCAUGUGGGUGACAGAUCUCAUUCGCACGGCCCAGGUUCGCCUGGGGAACACGGGAGCACUCGUGUGUGCGGUGGUGUACGCUGCAGAGAGGUGAGAGGGGAAGGAGAAGUGCUUUGGGUUGCAACAGAAGCAUACCUGGGAGCCAUGGCGUGUGAACUGCAGCAUGUGGGUGACAGAUCUCAUUCGCACGGCCCAGGUUCGCCUGGGGAACACGGGAGCACUCGUGUGUGCGGUGGUGUACGCUGCAGAGAGGUGAGAGGGGAAGGAGAAGUGCUUUGGGUUGCAACAGAAGCAUACCUGGGAGCCAUGGCGUGUGAACUGCAGCAUGUGGGUGACAGAUCUCAUUCGCACGGCCCAGGUUCGCCUGGGGAACACGGGAGCACUCGUGUGUGCGGUGGUGUACGCUGCAGAGAGGUGAGAGGGGAAGGAGAAGUGCUUUGGGUUGCAACAGAAGCAUACCUGGGAGCCAUGGCGUGUGAACUGCAGCAUGUGGGUGACAGAUCUCAUUCGCACGGCCCAGGUUCGCCUGGGGAACACGGGAGCACUCGUGUGUGCGGUGGUGUACGCUGCAGAGAGGUGAGAGGGGAAGGAGAAGUGCUUUGGGUUGCAACAGAAGCAUACCUGGGAGCCAUGGCGUGUGAACUGCAGCAUGUGGGUGACAGAUCUCAUUCGCACGGCCCAGGUUCGCCUGGGGAACACGGGAGCACUCGUGUGUGCGGUGGUGUACGCUGCAGAGAGGUGAGAGGGGAAGGAGAAGUGCUUUGGGUUGCAACAGAAGCAUACCUGGGAGCCAUGGCGUGUGAACUGCAGCAUGUGGGUGACAGAUCUCAUUCGCACGGCCCAGGUUCGCCUGGGGAACACGGGAGCACUCGUGUGUGCGGUGGUGUACGCUGCAGAGAGGUGAGAGGGGAAGGAGAAGUGCUUUGGGUUGCAACAGAAGCAUACCUGGGAGCCAUGGCGUGUGAACUGCAGCAUGUGGGUGACAGAUCUCAUUCGCACGGCCCAGGUUCGCCUGGGGAACACGGGAGCACUCGUGUGUGCGGUGGUGUACGCUGCAGAGAGGUGAGAGGGGAAGGAGAAGUGCUUUGGGUUGCAACAGAAGCAUACCUGGGAGCCAUGGCGUGUGAACUGCAGCAUGUGGGUGACAGAUCUCAUUCGCACGGCCCAGGUUCGCCUGGGGAACACGGGAGCACUCGUGUGUGCGGUGGUGUACGCUGCAGAGAGGUGAGAGGGGAAGGAGAAGUGCUUUGGGUUGCAACAGAAGCAUACCUGGGAGCCAUGGCGUGUGAACUGCAGCAUGUGGGUGACAGAUCUCAUUCGCACGGCCCAGGUUCGCCUGGGGAACACGGGAGCACUCGUGUGUGCGGUGGUGUACGCUGCAGAGAGGUGAGAGGGGAAGGAGAAGUGCUUUGGGUUGCAACAGAAGCAUACCUGGGAGCCAUGGCGUGUGAACUGCAGCAUGUGGGUGACAGAUCUCAUUCGCACGGCCCAGGUUCGCCUGGGGAACACGGGAGCACUCGUGUGUGCGGUGGUGUACGCUGCAGAGAGGUGAGAGGGGAAGGAGAAGUGCUUUGGGUUGCAACAGAAGCAUACCUGGGAGCCAUGGCGUGUGAACUGCAGCAUGUGGGUGACAGAUCUCAUUCGCACGGCCCAGGUUCGCCUGGGGAACACGGGAGCACUCGUGUGUGCGGUGGUGUACGCUGCAGAGAGGUGAGAGGGGAAGGAGAAGUGCUUUGGGUUGCAACAGAAGCAUACCUGGGAGCCAUGGCGUGUGAACUGCAGCAUGUGGGUGACAGAUCUCAUUCGCACGGCCCAGGUUCGCCUGGGGAACACGGGAGCACUCGUGUGUGCGGUGGUGUACGCUGCAGAGAGGUGAGAGGGGAAGGAGAAGUGCUUUGGGUUGCAACAGAAGCAUACCUGGGAGCCAUGGCGUGUGAACUGCAGCAUGUGGGUGACAGAUCUCAUUCGCACGGCCCAGGUUCGCCUGGGGAACACGGGAGCACUCGUGUGUGCGGUGGUGUACGCUGCAGAGAGGUGAGAGGGGAAGGAGAAGUGCUUUGGGUUGCAACAGAAGCAUACCUGGGAGCCAUGGCGUGUGAACUGCAGCAUGUGGGUGACAGAUCUCAUUCGCACGGCCCAGGUUCGCCUGGGGAACACGGGAGCACUCGUGUGUGCGGUGGUGUACGCUGCAGAGAGGUGAGAGGGGAAGGAGAAGUGCUUUGGGUUGCAACAGAAGCAUACCUGGGAGCCAUGGCGUGUGAACUGCAGCAUGUGGGUGACAGAUCUCAUUCGCACGGCCCAGGUUCGCCUGGGGAACACGGGAGCACUCGUGUGUGCGGUGGUGUACGCUGCAGAGAGGUGAGAGGGGAAGGAGAAGUGCUUUGGGUUGCAACAGAAGCAUACCUGGGAGCCAUGGCGUGUGAACUGCAGCAUGUGGGUGACAGAUCUCAUUCGCACGGCCCAGGUUCGCCUGGGGAACACGGGAGCACUCGUGUGUGCGGUGGUGUACGCUGCAGAGAGGUGAGAGGGGAAGGAGAAGUGCUUUGGGUUGCAACAGAAGCAUACCUGGGAGCCAUGGCGUGUGAACUGCAGCAUGUGGGUGACAGAUCUCAUUCGCACGGCCCAGGUUCGCCUGGGGAACACGGGAGCACUCGUGUGUGCGGUGGUGUACGCUGCAGAGAGGUGAGAGGGGAAGGAGAAGUGCUUUGGGUUGCAACAGAAGCAUACCUGGGAGCCAUGGCGUGUGAACUGCAGCAUGUGGGUGACAGAUCUCAUUCGCACGGCCCAGGUUCGCCUGGGGAACACGGGAGCACUCGUGUGUGCGGUGGUGUACGCUGCAGAGAGGUGAGAGGGGAAGGAGAAGUGCUUUGGGUUGCAACAGAAGCAUACCUGGGAGCCAUGGCGUGUGAACUGCAGCAUGUGGGUGACAGAUCUCAUUCGCACGGCCCAGGUUCGCCUGGGGAACACGGGAGCACUCGUGUGUGCGGUGGUGUACGCUGCAGAGAGGUGAGAGGGGAAGGAGAAGUGCUUUGGGUUGCAACAGAAGCAUACCUGGGAGCCAUGGCGUGUGAACUGCAGCAUGUGGGUGACAGAUCUCAUUCGCACGGCCCAGGUUCGCCUGGGGAACACGGGAGCACUCGUGUGUGCGGUGGUGUACGCUGCAGAGAGGUGAGAGGGGAAGGAGAAGUGCUUUGGGUUGCAACAGAAGCAUACCUGGGAGCCAUGGCGUGUGAACUGCAGCAUGUGGGUGACAGAUCUCAUUCGCACGGCCCAGGUUCGCCUGGGGAACACGGGAGCACUCGUGUGUGCGGUGGUGUACGCUGCAGAGAGGUGAGAGGGGAAGGAGAAGUGCUUUGGGUUGCAACAGAAGCAUACCUGGGAGCCAUGGCGUGUGAACUGCAGCAUGUGGGUGACAGAUCUCAUUCGCACGGCCCAGGUUCGCCUGGGGAACACGGGAGCACUCGUGUGUGCGGUGGUGUACGCUGCAGAGAGGUGAGAGGGGAAGGAGAAGUGCUUUGGGUUGCAACAGAAGCAUACCUGGGAGCCAUGGCGUGUGAACUGCAGCAUGUGGGUGACAGAUCUCAUUCGCACGGCCCAGGUUCGCCUGGGGAACACGGGAGCACUCGUGUGUGCGGUGGUGUACGCUGCAGAGAGGUGAGAGGGGAAGGAGAAGUGCUUUGGGUUGCAACAGAAGCAUACCUGGGAGCCAUGGCGUGUGAACUGCAGCAUGUGGGUGACAGAUCUCAUUCGCACGGCCCAGGUUCGCCUGGGGAACACGGGAGCACUCGUGUGUGCGGUGGUGUACGCUGCAGAGAGGUGAGAGGGGAAGGAGAAGUGCUUUGGGUUGCAACAGAAGCAUACCUGGGAGCCAUGGCGUGUGAACUGCAGCAUGUGGGUGACAGAUCUCAUUCGCACGGCCCAGGUUCGCCUGGGGAACACGGGAGCACUCGUGUGUGCGGUGGUGUACGCUGCAGAGAGGUGAGAGGGGAAGGAGAAGUGCUUUGGGUUGCAACAGAAGCAUACCUGGGAGCCAUGGCGUGUGAACUGCAGCAUGUGGGUGACAGAUCUCAUUCGCACGGCCCAGGUUCGCCUGGGGAACACGGGAGCACUCGUGUGUGCGGUGGUGUACGCUGCAGAGAGGUGAGAGGGGAAGGAGAAGUGCUUUGGGUUGCAACAGAAGCAUACCUGGGAGCCAUGGCGUGUGAACUGCAGCAUGUGGGUGACAGAUCUCAUUCGCACGGCCCAGGUUCGCCUGGGGAACACGGGAGCACUCGUGUGUGCGGUGGUGUACGCUGCAGAGAGGUGAGAGGGGAAGGAGAAGUGCUUUGGGUUGCAACAGAAGCAUACCUGGGAGCCAUGGCGUGUGAACUGCAGCAUGUGGGUGACAGAUCUCAUUCGCACGGCCCAGGUUCGCCUGGGGAACACGGGAGCACUCGUGUGUGCGGUGGUGUACGCUGCAGAGAGGUGAGAGGGGAAGGAGAAGUGCUUUGGGUUGCAACAGAAGCAUACCUGGGAGCCAUGGCGUGUGAACUGCAGCAUGUGGGUGACAGAUCUCAUUCGCACGGCCCAGGUUCGCCUGGGGAACACGGGAGCACUCGUGUGUGCGGUGGUGUACGCUGCAGAGAGGUGAGAGGGGAAGGAGAAGUGCUUUGGGUUGCAACAGAAGCAUACCUGGGAGCCAUGGCGUGUGAACUGCAGCAUGUGGGUGACAGAUCUCAUUCGCACGGCCCAGGUUCGCCUGGGGAACACGGGAGCACUCGUGUGUGCGGUGGUGUACGCUGCAGAGAGGUGAGAGGGGAAGGAGAAGUGCUUUGGGUUGCAACAGAAGCAUACCUGGGAGCCAUGGCGUGUGAACUGCAGCAUGUGGGUGACAGAUCUCAUUCGCACGGCCCAGGUUCGCCUGGGGAACACGGGAGCACUCGUGUGUGCGGUGGUGUACGCUGCAGAGAGGUGAGAGGGGAAGGAGAAGUGCUUUGGGUUGCAACAGAAGCAUACCUGGGAGCCAUGGCGUGUGAACUGCAGCAUGUGGGUGACAGAUCUCAUUCGCACGGCCCAGGUUCGCCUGGGGAACACGGGAGCACUCGUGUGUGCGGUGGUGUACGCUGCAGAGAGGUGAGAGGGGAAGGAGAAGUGCUUUGGGUUGCAACAGAAGCAUACCUGGGAGCCAUGGCGUGUGAACUGCAGCAUGUGGGUGACAGAUCUCAUUCGCACGGCCCAGGUUCGCCUGGGGAACACGGGAGCACUCGUGUGUGCGGUGGUGUACGCUGCAGAGAGGUGAGAGGGGAAGGAGAAGUGCUUUGGGUUGCAACAGAAGCAUACCUGGGAGCCAUGGCGUGUGAACUGCAGCAUGUGGGUGACAGAUCUCAUUCGCACGGCCCAGGUUCGCCUGGGGAACACGGGAGCACUCGUGUGUGCGGUGGUGUACGCUGCAGAGAGGUGAGAGGGGAAGGAGAAGUGCUUUGGGUUGCAACAGAAGCAUACCUGGGAGCCAUGGCGUGUGAACUGCAGCAUGUGGGUGACAGAUCUCAUUCGCACGGCCCAGGUUCGCCUGGGGAACACGGGAGCACUCGUGUGUGCGGUGGUGUACGCUGCAGAGAGGUGAGAGGGGAAGGAGAAGUGCUUUGGGUUGCAACAGAAGCAUACCUGGGAGCCAUGGCGUGUGAACUGCAGCAUGUGGGUGACAGAUCUCAUUCGCACGGCCCAGGUUCGCCUGGGGAACACGGGAGCACUCGUGUGUGCGGUGGUGUACGCUGCAGAGAGGUGAGAGGGGAAGGAGAAGUGCUUUGGGUUGCAACAGAAGCAUACCUGGGAGCCAUGGCGUGUGAACUGCAGCAUGUGGGUGACAGAUCUCAUUCGCACGGCCCAGGUUCGCCUGGGGAACACGGGAGCACUCGUGUGUGCGGUGGUGUACGCUGCAGAGAGGUGAGAGGGGAAGGAGAAGUGCUUUGGGUUGCAACAGAAGCAUACCUGGGAGCCAUGGCGUGUGAACUGCAGCAUGUGGGUGACAGAUCUCAUUCGCACGGCCCAGGUUCGCCUGGGGAACACGGGAGCACUCGUGUGUGCGGUGGUGUACGCUGCAGAGAGGUGAGAGGGGAAGGAGAAGUGCUUUGGGUUGCAACAGAAGCAUACCUGGGAGCCAUGGCGUGUGAACUGCAGCAUGUGGGUGACAGAUCUCAUUCGCACGGCCCAGGUUCGCCUGGGGAACACGGGAGCACUCGUGUGUGCGGUGGUGUACGCUGCAGAGAGGUGAGAGGGGAAGGAGAAGUGCUUUGGGUUGCAACAGAAGCAUACCUGGGAGCCAUGGCGUGUGAACUGCAGCAUGUGGGUGACAGAUCUCAUUCGCACGGCCCAGGUUCGCCUGGGGAACACGGGAGCACUCGUGUGUGCGGUGGUGUACGCUGCAGAGAGGUGAGAGGGGAAGGAGAAGUGCUUUGGGUUGCAACAGAAGCAUACCUGGGAGCCAUGGCGUGUGAACUGCAGCAUGUGGGUGACAGAUCUCAUUCGCACGGCCCAGGUUCGCCUGGGGAACACGGGAGCACUCGUGUGUGCGGUGGUGUACGCUGCAGAGAGGUGAGAGGGGAAGGAGAAGUGCUUUGGGUUGCAACAGAAGCAUACCUGGGAGCCAUGGCGUGUGAACUGCAGCAUGUGGGUGACAGAUCUCAUUCGCACGGCCCAGGUUCGCCUGGGGAACACGGGAGCACUCGUGUGUGCGGUGGUGUACGCUGCAGAGAGGUGAGAGGGGAAGGAGAAGUGCUUUGGGUUGCAACAGAAGCAUACCUGGGAGCCAUGGCGUGUGAACUGCAGCAUGUGGGUGACAGAUCUCAUUCGCACGGCCCAGGUUCGCCUGGGGAACACGGGAGCACUCGUGUGUGCGGUGGUGUACGCUGCAGAGAGGUGAGAGGGGAAGGAGAAGUGCUUUGGGUUGCAACAGAAGCAUACCUGGGAGCCAUGGCGUGUGAACUGCAGCAUGUGGGUGACAGAUCUCAUUCGCACGGCCCAGGUUCGCCUGGGGAACACGGGAGCACUCGUGUGUGCGGUGGUGUACGCUGCAGAGAGGUGAGAGGGGAAGGAGAAGUGCUUUGGGUUGCAACAGAAGCAUACCUGGGAGCCAUGGCGUGUGAACUGCAGCAUGUGGGUGACAGAUCUCAUUCGCACGGCCCAGGUUCGCCUGGGGAACACGGGAGCACUCGUGUGUGCGGUGGUGUACGCUGCAGAGAGGUGAGAGGGGAAGGAGAAGUGCUUUGGGUUGCAACAGAAGCAUACCUGGGAGCCAUGGCGUGUGAACUGCAGCAUGUGGGUGACAGAUCUCAUUCGCACGGCCCAGGUUCGCCUGGGGAACACGGGAGCACUCGUGUGUGCGGUGGUGUACGCUGCAGAGAGGUGAGAGGGGAAGGAGAAGUGCUUUGGGUUGCAACAGAAGCAUACCUGGGAGCCAUGGCGUGUGAACUGCAGCAUGUGGGUGACAGAUCUCAUUCGCACGGCCCAGGUUCGCCUGGGGAACACGGGAGCACUCGUGUGUGCGGUGGUGUACGCUGCAGAGAGGUGAGAGGGGAAGGAGAAGUGCUUUGGGUUGCAACAGAAGCAUACCUGGGAGCCAUGGCGUGUGAACUGCAGCAUGUGGGUGACAGAUCUCAUUCGCACGGCCCAGGUUCGCCUGGGGAACACGGGAGCACUCGUGUGUGCGGUGGUGUACGCUGCAGAGAGGUGAGAGGGGAAGGAGAAGUGCUUUGGGUUGCAACAGAAGCAUACCUGGGAGCCAUGGCGUGUGAACUGCAGCAUGUGGGUGACAGAUCUCAUUCGCACGGCCCAGGUUCGCCUGGGGAACACGGGAGCACUCGUGUGUGCGGUGGUGUACGCUGCAGAGAGGUUCGCCUGGGGAACACGGGAGCACUCGUGUGUGCGGUGGUGUACGCUGCAGAGAGCAUGUGGGUGACAGAUCUCAUUCGCACGGCCCAGGUUCGCCUGGGGAACACGGGAGCACUCGUGUGUGCGGUGGUGUACGCUGCAGAGAGCAUGUGGGUGACAGAUCUCAUUCGCACGGCCCAGGUUCGCCUGGGGAACACGGGAGCACUCGUGUGUGCGGUGGUGUACGCUGCAGAGAGCAUGUGGGUGACAGAUCUCAUUCGCACGGCCCAGGUUCGCCUGGGGAACACGGGAGCACUCGUGUGUGCGGUGGUGUACGCUGCAGAGAGCAUGUGGGUGACAGAUCUCAUUCGCACGGCCCAGGUUCGCCUGGGGAACACGGGAGCACUCGUGUGUGCGGUGGUGUACGCUGCAGAGAGCAUGUGGGUGACAGAUCUCAUUCGCACGGCCCAGGUUCGCCUGGGGAACACGGGAGCACUCGUGUGUGCGGUGGUGUACGCUGCAGAGAGCAUGUGGGUGACAGAUCUCAUUCGCACGGCCCAGGUUCGCCUGGGGAACACGGGAGCACUCGUGUGUGCGGUGGUGUACGCUGCAGAGAGCAUGUGGGUGACAGAUCUCAUUCGCACGGCCCAGGUUCGCCUGGGGAACACGGGAGCACUCGUGUGUGCGGUGGUGUACGCUGCAGAGAGCAUGUGGGUGACAGAUCUCAUUCGCACGGCCCAGGUUCGCCUGGGGAACACGGGAGCACUCGUGUGUGCGGUGGUGUACGCUGCAGAGAGCAUGUGGGUGACAGAUCUCAUUCGCACGGCCCAGGUUCGCCUGGGGAACACGGGAGCACUCGUGUGUGCGGUGGUGUACGCUGCAGAGAGCAUGUGGGUGACAGAUCUCAUUCGCACGGCCCAGGUUCGCCUGGGGAACACGGGAGCACUCGUGUGUGCGGUGGUGUACGCUGCAGAGAGCAUGUGGGUGACAGAUCUCAUUCGCACGGCCCAGGUUCGCCUGGGGAACACGGGAGCACUCGUGUGUGCGGUGGUGUACGCUGCAGAGAGCAUGUGGGUGACAGAUCUCAUUCGCACGGCCCAGGUUCGCCUGGGGAACACGGGAGCACUCGUGUGUGCGGUGGUGUACGCUGCAGAGAGCAUGUGGGUGACAGAUCUCAUUCGCACGGCCCAGGUUCGCCUGGGGAACACGGGAGCACUCGUGUGUGCGGUGGUGUACGCUGCAGAGAGCAUGUGGGUGACAGAUCUCAUUCGCACGGCCCAGGUUCGCCUGGGGAACACGGGAGCACUCGUGUGUGCGUGGUGUGUGCGGUGGUGUGCUGCAGAGAGCAUGUGGGUGACAGAUCUCAUUCGCACGGCCCAGGUUCGCCUGGGGAACACGGGAGCACUCGUGUGUGCGGUGGUGUACGCUGCAGAGAGCAUGUGGGUGACAGAUCUCAUUCGCACGGCCCAGGUUCGCCUGGGGAACACGGGAGCACUCGUGUGUGCGGUGGUGUACGCUGCAGAGAGCAUGUGGGUGACAGAUCUCAUUCGCACGGCCCAGGUUCGCCUGGGGAACACGGGAGCACUCGUGUGUGCGGUGGUGUACGCUGCAGAGAGCAUGUGGGUGACAGAUCUCAUUCGCACGGCCCAGGUUCGCCUGGGGAACACGGGAGCACUCGUGUGUGCGGUGGUGUACGCUGCAGAGAGCAUGUGGGUGACAGAUCUCAUUCGCACGGCCCAGGUUCGCCUGGGGAACACGGGAGCACUCGUGUGUGCGGUGGUGUACGCUGCAGAGAGCAUGUGGGUGACAGAUCUCAUUCGCACGGCCCAGGUUCGCCUGGGGAACACGGGAGCACUCGUGUGUGCGGUGGUGUACGCUGCAGAGAGCAUGUGGGUGACAGAUCUCAUUCGCACGGCCCAGGUUCGCCUGGGGAACACGGGAGCACUCGUGUGUGCGGUGGUGUACGCUGCAGAGAGACUCUCCAAGGCCUUUGAGAGCUAUACGGCAUCACCCAACAACGUCCGUUUCCGAGGCAUCUAUGCAUGCAAUCCUCCCUUCCCCGCCUUCCGUCCUCUUCCCCCCUCACCCCUCCCAUCCAGACUCAUCCAAGUCCUUGAGCUAGACAGCAUCACCGACCCAGCCUUCCUCUUUGCCAUCAUCCGUUUGAGGCAUUUACUCAAUCUUCCACUUCCCGUCCCCUUCCCUCUCCCUUCCAACCAACCCUCCACCCCUCCCACCCCUCCCACCCAGACUUUCCUCUCCGUCGCAGCGUCCCCACCAACAACUCGAGGCAAUCAGCAGUGGGACCAGUGUACGGGUCACUGGUGCUUCCAUGACGUGACUUACAUUGCACACAAGGUCCUAGAAGAGUUGUAUGCACCAGACCCAUCGAAAUCCUUUGAGCUAUACGACAUCACCGACCCAGCCUCUCUCUUCGCCAUCGUCUCACCAGUCCCCCCCCACGCCUACUUCCGCCCCGACGACAAGCUUCCCUACAUGCAACCCUCCCCGGACUCGGAAACCCGCCCCUGGGAGCAUCGAGCCGUGGUGCCUCUCGAGGAGAUGGGAGCAGGCGUGCGCAAAUAUGAAGUCUGGUGUAGGCACACCCAGCCUUCCAGCGCGUGGCAAUCGUGGGGCAUCCCCAUCCUCAUCGCCCUCUUCGCCCUCCUCCUCGUGGUGCUCGUGCUGCUGGCGGCCUGCCUGCAGCGCUCCAAGUUCUUCCAGACCCAGCAGCAGGUGGCGGAAGCAGACAGGCUGAGACGGCAGGCGGAGCGUGCAGAGGCGUCUAAGAGCAAGUUUGUCGCGUGCAUGUCUCACGAGCUGCGGACGCCCAUGAUUGGGAUCACUGGCAUGCUCGACGCUCUAGCGGACAUGGGUCUGAACGCCUCUCAGCUUGCAGAUCUCCUCAUGGCCAGAGCAUCAGCAAGAGAUGCACUGCAUCUGGUCAACCGCGUGUUGGACCUGGCGAAGCUGGAAGCGGGAAAGGCGGUGGUGGAUGAGGUGGUGAUUGAUUUGAGGGAGUGGCUUGGUGCCACGUUGCACUGGCACGCUGAAAAGGCACGCUCCAAAGGCAUUGAAUGGGGGUGCGCUGCAUGUGGUCUAAUGAAGAGGGGUGCGCUGCAUAAGAUCAAGCUAGAGUGGCAUGCUUUCGGCCAAUAUGACUCGAAACAGCGAGGCCAAUAUGACUCGAACUCAUUCUCACAAUCACGCAUUGGACUCCGCCCUUCCUCCUCAUGCAGUGAGCUCAGCACGGAUUGCCCCACGGAUGUGAUUGUGGAUCCCUUGCUCCUCAGCAACGCGCUCAAGGAGAUCACAGAUAACGCUGUCAAGUUCACGACACAAGGCCACGUGACAGUGCGGGUGUCCCUCAUGCCGCAAGGGACAAGCUUGCAAGACGCCCUUUACUACCAGGGCCUGUCCGCAGCCAUCCCUGGAGCACACACCCUGUCAACUCUCCACGGGGCGUGCAUUGACCUCUGCUCUAGAUGGCACCGCCUGCUCGAGGGGGGUUUGAGACGUCUCAAAACAAGAUGGUGCUGCCUGCUUGAGGAGGUGAAGGGAAGGCAAGCAGUGGGAGCAGCAGGCUGUGAGGCAGUGAAGGGGGAGGGGACGCCAGCAGUCGCAGUAGCAGCACCGCCACCAUCACGACCAGCACCAGCAGUAUCAGCAGCAGCAGCAGCAGCAGCAGCAGCAGGCAGUGCACGGGGGGAGGGGGAGCUUGAAAGGCGGCAAGGAGAUCAAGACAGGAGACACAAUAAAAAACCAGGCAGGGGGCAUGGGAAACGACAGCAUGGGACAGGGCAUGGCAUAGGGUAUGGGAGUGGCAAAGGGAGGGGUGGAGAGCGGUGCAUGCUGGUGCUGUCGUGUCAAGACUCUGGCUGCGGCCUUCCAGCGUCUCUCCACACAGCGAGCGGCAGUGAAGGGCCUUCUUACUUCUCCCUGCUCGAAUCGCGGGAGCAAAGGGAAGGGAGGAGUGGGUCAGGAGCAGCCCUUGGGCUUGUGUUGAUGCCGGGGAUGGAUGGCUUCGCAGCAGCAGCGGCCAUACGAGCCCUUGAGAGGAGGGUCCAGUUUCAAGCCUUUUCAAAGGCACAGCAACUGCAGAAGCAGAGGCAGCAGCGCACCCCUUCUGCUCUGCCCGUCCCUCCCCUAGAAGCUUCAAACCCUGCUGCUGCUGGUGGGUGGCCUGUCUCCCUGAGGGUGCCCAUAGUGGCGCUGACAGCAGACGUGGAUCGCGGAGUGGUGCAGAGGUGUGCAGAGGGGGGGUUUGACGGUGUGCUGCAGAAGCCAGUGGAUGCCCACCUGCUCGCCGCCCACCUCUCCCACAUGCACCCCCAGAGGUCUUUCCCGCGAACUGUGUCACACCCCACUGUCAGUCGAACCAUAAACGGGCACGACAGAUGCGGCAGUCAAUAA